UGGAGCAAACAAACAUCUGCGACCAACAGUUCCGAGUUAAGUCACCUGUCACUCGCCUUUAAGGCACCUGGAAACUAUAUUACCUAUCGUCGCAUCCAUGGCACACUACAGAGCCUCGGAAUCGAAGCGAGAACAAUUUAGAAGAUAUCUUGAAAAAUCGGGAGUCCUUGACACGAUAACAAGCGUUUUAGUGGCACUUUAUGAAGAUACGGACAAACCCGAUAAUGCCCUGGAGUAUCCUUAUUAUAGUGGCAUUAAACGAGUGUUUUAUCCUACCUUUGGUGUUUCCUUACCUGUUGCAGCAUUUCCUCAGUUCCUGCCAAGUGUAGUCAAGCAUCAUCAUCACUGACAUUUUCUUCACACGUCAAAGAAAUACAGAAUAAAAUACAACCACAAUACAAAUAGAAAAAAAGGUAAAUGCGACACCCCAAAUAAGCUACCUUAAGCUUUUGAGAGAUGGCCCAAAAAUGAACAUGUAGCAAGUAAAAAUACUACAGUAAAAACAAAACAAACAAGACAAAAGAUCCCAAAACAUUAACAUAAUCAGCACUUGCUUUGUAUCUUGUGAUGCUGCCCGACCUGCAGCGAUCAAAGUUAUUCAUAACUCACAGAAACAUUACUUGAAAUAGUCCACCCUCCACCUUCUCUCCCCUCUCCACAUCACUCAUACAUCCAGAAGCACUAAGUCCUCCUAAAGUCAGCUUGGGUGCAGUUGGCUGAUGAGCGUAUAUGUAUAUAAUUGAUUAUUCUUCCCAAAGCUUCAAAGGCUUUGAAAUGGUAUCUGGC